UGUCGGAUGACGAGAGAGGGUUUCUGAUUAAUUUGUGGCGUUAAUUAUUCUAAAAUUUUGCAAACCUUUCAAACGUUGUUUCGUAUCAAAAAUAUUCAGAAAUUUUGGGCUUAUAGCUAUGUAGGUAGACAUAUAUAGAUUAAAUAAUCCUAAAUUUAGCUGCUGAAUAACCUCUCGAUCUGGGCUAUCGUAAUUGCUCCUUGUAAUUGUAGAUAGAAUAGUUGAGAUCGAGAUAAAUGAAAGUGUUGUUUAUAUAUUUUGAAGUUCAUGGUGCGGUACGCGUCGCGAACUGUCUUGAAUGGGGCAGUGGUGCUUGAUAAUGUGAAAUCAUCAAAAAAUGUGUUUGGUUUUGUGUAAUUUAAUUACAAAGUGUUUUUGUGCUGUUGAUCGGAUGUUGCGGUAGGAUUGCCAUGUCCAGGCUAGUGGACUAUUUUGUCAUAGUGGGCUUCGACCACGAGAAAGAAAGAGGCGGCCUCAGUAACGGCAUCAUCCUUCAGCGAUUUCCUGAGAUUAACUGGGAGGACACACCCUUCCACGACGGCAUAGAAUGGUUCUGCCAGCCGCAAGGAUGGGCGCUCUCCACAGAGCGUUCAGAGCCCCGCUUCUACGUGUCGGUGCUGACGGACGUGGAUGCGAACAGGCACUACUGCGCCUGUCUCUGUUUCAACGAAACUGUAGCCAUCACACCCACCAAACCGGCAGACGAGGACGAAGAAUCUCUAGACUCGAGCCGGCCAGUCUCGAAUAUCACCCACCACAGCAUUAUGUACGCACCCAAAUGUCUGGUCAUAGUGUCACGGCAAGACUACAUCGAUACAUUCCGGAAUUGCCUCGGCAUAAUCUACACGGUGUGGGUUGAGAACUUGGGCGUACCCUUAGAGACGUUGGUUGGUAACCUGCUGGGUUGCGUGCUGGUGCCACCGGCAGGUGGACCUCAGGUUCGCUUCAGUAUAGGUGCUGGAGAUCGUCAGGCACUGCAACCACCGGCUGCACCGCCUAUGCCCGUCACACACAAUGCUGUGUAUAUGUUAUUGAGAUUAUUAGGUAUCCACAAUUCAGUAACGCUCUGGUGUGCGGUGAUGAGCGAACACAAAGUGCUGCUGGUGUCGCUGGCGGGCGCGCGGCUGUCGGCUGCGUGCCGGGCUCUCGCCGCGCUCAUGUUCCCCUUUCGCUAUGCCCACGUCUACAUACCGCUGUUGCCGGCCGGUUUGGCGGAGGUGCUCGCUACACCCACGCCCUUCCUUAUAGGCGUGCAUUCGAGUUUGAAGGAGGAGGUCUCAGAAUUGUUGGAUGUUAUAGUAGCGGAUCUCGACGUAGGAUCACUUCACAUCCCGGCAGGAGUAAACAUACCACGACCGGAAGGGAAGCUCCUAUCCUCUCUCCAAGAUGCUUUAGCUCUGGUCUUGCAGCCGGAGUUGAAAUCUGCCGAUUCCGCGUUCGCACCACCACCUCCGUCCUCGUCUCCACCGCAUAUGUUGGAUAAGGAGAUCAGAGCGGUGUUUAUGAGGACGUUGGCUAAACUAUUACAGGGUUACAGACACUGUCUUACAAUCAUAAGGAUCCAUCCAUCACCAGUAUUAACAUUCCACAAGGCCGGCUUCCUCGGAGCCAGAGGUCUGUCACAAUGUCCGUUUGCAGUCAGAUUAUUGGACUCGAUGUUCUUUAAUGGUCUAGUUGCUGAACGAGGACCUCCGUGGAGACCGACGGAUAUAUGGGAUGAAUUAGUGCAAAAUCUACCUGAACAACUUAGAUUAGAAUCAUUGAAUCCGGAGUUAGAGUUACAGCAUAUACAGGACUUGGCGAUGCAGUUACACCUGAACGAAAAUCCCAACCCACAGGGCGUGUCAACACAGACGUACUCGCAGCGCGUACUGCGACCACCCGAAGGCGCUUCGGCUCGGAUACACCAACCACCUCUACCACCAUUAGAUGCGGAAAGAGUACAUGCCGUUAUAGAAGAAGUCACCGCCAGAAACGCUAACAAUCCCAAAUUAUCAGCGAUCCGGCUGCCGGCCCCGAGGAUCAUCCCGCCGGGCGCCUCCCCCACCGGCGCCGUCGAACACACGCAGCUCCUACUCACCAACUCGGCCCGACGGCUCGAGGUGCUGCGCGCGUGCGUGGCGGCGACGUUCGAGUGCCGCUACGCGGACGCGCGCAAGUCGUUCCCGGGCGUGGUGCGCGCGCUGCGGGCGCCGGGCGCGCGCGCGGCGCUCGUGCGCGACCUGGCCGCGCGCCUGCCCACCAACAAGCACCUGCUGCAGCACCACCAGUUCGAGCUCGUCGUGCGGCUCAUGAACUGCGCGCUGCAGUCCGCGAGCGCGCUGGACGAGCACUCCAUCGCGGCCGCCGUGCUGCCGCUCGCCACCGCCUACUGCCGCAAGCUGUGCACCGGCGUCAUCCAGUACGCGUACAUGUGCAUACAGGAGCACCAGGUGUGGACGAGUCAGCAGUUCUGGGAGGCGGCCUUUUAUCAAGAAGUACAGCGCGACAUCAAGGCGCUGUAUCUGCCCAGUCCCACGCACCACCACCGCAUGCCUAGUCCCAGGGAAGAUGACGAGUACAUAUCGUUGCUAAAAGCUCAAGAACCGAGUGCGUUGGAAAUAGCGGCAGAACAGAUGCGGCUCUGGCCCAGCUUACCGCCAGAGAAGCAACGCGAGUUGAUAGCGAGCGAGGAGUCGACGUUGUACAGCCAGGCCAUCCACUACGCCAACCGCAUGGUGUACCUGCUGCUGCCGCUGGAGGGCGCCGGCCGGCGCGCCGACGUGCGCGGAGACGACGCCGACCGCGCCAGCAACAGCAUCACCAACAGUGUCGCGGAGUCAGAUAGCGCGGAUGCAGAAUCAGGUUUCGAAGAGGCAGAUCCGGGAGAAGCCGGCAACAACGUGAUAAAGAUGGUCUCCAGAUUUGUCGACAAGGUGUGCACGGAGGGCGGCGUGACGGCAGACCACGUGCGCUGCCUGCACCAGAUGGUACCGGGCGUCGUGCACAUGCACCUGGAGGCGCUCGACGCAGUCGCGCGGGAGAGCCGCCGACUGCCGCCCGUGCAGAAGCCCCGCAUCGCGUGGCCCGCGCUGGUGGCGGGCGAGGCGGGCGCGGGCGCGGCGCUGCGCGCGCUGCUGCUGGCGGACGGGCGCGGCUGCGCGCUGCCGCAGCUGCUACCCGCCGAGGGCGCGCUGUUCCUCACCAACUACCGCCUGCUGUUCAAGGGCGUGCCGCUCGACCCCUACGCAUGCGAAGCGACGGUGGUGCGCUCCUUCCCGCUGAGUGCGUUGACGCGGGAGAAAGGUGUCCGGGCAGCGCACGCGCAGCUGGAACACGCGCUGCACGACGGACUGCAGCUGCGUGCCGCCACUUUCCAGCUUAUCAAGGUAGCGCUUGACGAGGAGGUGAGUAGCGAGCAGGCGGAGGCGUUCCGUAAAGCCGUAGCUCGCCUGCGUCACCCGUCUCACCCGCUAAUGCACUUCGCGCUGGCCCCGCGAGCGCCCCCGCCGGCGGACCUCGCGCAGCCCAAACACCACACGCUCAAAGGCUUCGCCAAAAAGACCCUGUUGAAGACGGCUCGACGUGCAGGCUUAAAACCAAAACCCUCAAAGAGACAGAAGUAUGUUCUUCCUUCUUCAGACGCACGGUCACUCACGUCGCCUCCUUUGAUGUCCUCGCUUUCGGCUGAUACGUUAUCAUUGGAGGAGCUGGAGCUGGGCGGCGGCGCGGCGGAGGGCGCGGAGUGCGCGCACGCGCGCUCGCUGGAGCGCGUGCGCGAGCGCGUGUACGCGCGCGACUGGGCGCGCCUGGGCCUCGCCGCGUCGCCCUUCCGCCUGUCGCACGCCAACGCGCUCUACACGCUCUGCAGGAGCUACCCGGCGGUGGUGGCGGUGCCCGAGAGCGUGUCGGACGAGUCCCUGCGGCGCGCGUCGCGCUGCUACCGACAGGGUCGCGUGCCGGUGCUCACGUGGCGACACCCGCGCACCAAGGCGCUGCUGGCGAGAUCAGCUGCAUCUCACCAUAAAGGCGUGAUGGGGAUGCUGAAGUCUUCCAGUCAUCAAAACCCUGCAACGACACAGAGUGGAACUGAAACUACCUCUAGUAUAGAACAAGAAAGAUACUUAGCGACAUUAGUAUCCUUGACACCAGCGUCUCGCGGUGAAUUGGACGAUUCUAGUCUGAGCCUGGACUCCCUACUAUUGUGCUGCGAGGAGCAACAACACAACCACACGCCGCUGCUCAGCAAGGCAGCCGGGACACUGGGGGUGCUGGGUCGAGGCAGCGGCGGCAAGAGCGCGGGCGGGGCGGGGGCGACGCGACACUUCGGUCGCUGGGGCUCGCUCAAGGACCGGCGCCAGCCCUCGCAUCUCGAGCUCUACACGCCGCGCGCGAGACUCUCCGCGGUGGACCUCGACGCCGUGUCGGGCGAGGGCAUGGCGCGGCGCGCGGCGCUGUACGUGCUGGCGGAGAAGGGCGCGGGCGGCGCGCAGGCGGGCGUGGAGCCCGUGCCGCUGGACUACCCCGACGCGCGCGCCACCAAGCACGCCUUCAAGAAGCUGCUGCGCGCCGCCGCGCCCUCCGCGCCCGCGCCGCCCGCCGCGCCCGCCGCCGACGAGCCCGGCUUCCUCAGGCUAGUGGAGGAGUCGGGCUGGUUGUGGCAGCUGCGGCAGUUGUUUCAGCUCUCCGGUGCGGUUGUGGAUCUUUUGGACGUCCAGGGGUCGUCGGUGCUCCUGUCUCUGGAAGACGGUUGGGAUGUUACUGCGCAGAUAUCGUCACUGGCGCAAAUUUGCCUCGACCCAUACUAUAGAACGCUCGAAGGUUUUCGUAUUCUCGUCGAAAAGGAGUGGCUCGCUCUGGGCCACAAGUUCCAACAACGUUCCAAUCUGGCCGCUACGCCGCAGCAGGGAUUCACGCCAACAUUCCUCAUGUUCCUCGAUGCCGUACACCAGCUCCAGAAGCAGUUCCCGCUGGCGUUCGAGUUCAACGACUACUACCUGCGGUUCGUCGCGUACCACUGCGUGUCGUGUCGCUUCCGCACCUUCCUGCUGGACAGCGAGGCGCAGCGCGCGGAGCUCGGCCUGACGCCCGACGAGCGGCGCGUGGACGUCUCGCGCCUGGGCGUGGAGACGUGCGGCGCGGGCGCGGCGAGCGCGGAGGGCGAGGACGGGCGCGCCGCGCUGGGCCUCUUCGAGUACGUGGAGCGCCUGCACCAGCGGUCGCCGCUCUUCUACAACCUGCUCUACACGCCCGACCUCGAUAACCCGGUUCUGAGACCCGUUAGCGCAGUGAGCAGUCUGGAAGUGUGGGAGUACUACGUGAGCGAGGAGCUGUCUCACGGAGCGCCCUACGAGCCCGACCUGUGGUCCGACGAUCGGCCGGCGCCCCUUCAGCGGCGACUCGUCGUGGCCGGAUACGACAGUAUAUCGCGGUGCAUGCCGGACGCGUUCACCGGCCUGCUGGAGCGGCUCAGACAGCUCGAGCUGGAGCUGGGACAUCUCCCGCAAAAGUGGCGCGUGCGGUGGGACCAGCUGGAGCUGCCCAACACCCUGGAACUGCAGCGCAACGCGUCCAUGUGCAGCGGGCUGGUGCGCGUGGCCACGCGCGCGGCGCACCGGCGCGGCACGCUGGAGGUGCUGGCGCGCGCGCGCCUGGCCGCCGCGCCGCCGCCCGCCGCGCACCGCUGGGCGCCCGCGCCCGCCGCCGCGCCCGCGCGCUGCGAGCACUGCGCCGACCUGCUGUGGGGGCCGCUGGGCUGCGGCGCGCGCUGCGCCGACUGCGGCGCGCUGUGCCACGAGCGUUGCGCCGACGCGCUGGCGGCGCCGUGCCCGCCGCGCCUGGGCCCGCCGCCGCCGCCCGACCGCCACGCCGAGCGCCCGCCCGCCGCCGUGUCGCAGCAGUACUACGAGCAGUUCUCCUCCAACGUGGCCGAGAACCGCACGCACGAGGGACAUCUCUACAAGCGCGGCGCGCUGCUCAAGGGCUGGAAGCAGAGAUGGUUCGUCCUCGACUCCAUAAAACAUCAACUGCGAUAUUAUGACGCGAUGGAAGACUCGCAUUGUAAAGGAUUCAUUGACCUGGCGGAAGUGCUGACAGUGAUGCAGGCCCCGCCCGCUCCUGGACCGCCCAAGAAGUGCGACGACAGAUCCUUCUUCGACUUAAGGACGAGCAGAAGAACGUAUAAUUUCUGUGCGAGCGACGCGAACGCUGCGCAAGAGUGGAUCGAGAAGCUGCAAGCAUGUCUGCAGUAAUCACUCCCGCAUAGAUUACUGCUUACGAUGCACGUGCACGACGAGCGCACGAGACCGCUGGACUCUAAAAAUAUUUAGUGAAAUUAAAGAAAUUUUAAUGAUAUAAAUUAAAGAUAUUGACUACUUACUGGUACACUGGUAAUUCCAUAUUGUUCGGUCACAAAUACUUUCAUAAAUUUUGUAUAUUUGUAUUUAUUUUAUUAUCUUAUUUAUAAUUAUGUUUAUAAAGUUAUCACACGAGGGAAAAAAUUGAUUUCAUUUCACUUUCUUUUUAAUAAUUUAAAACUUGUGAAAAAUGUUUUAUCGUGACAUAUCAAAUUCGGUAUUACUUUGAAGUUGUAUAUUAAAAUUUAAUAAACUAGAAUGUCGGUUGGCAAGUAAUUACUAAACUAGAGCUCUCUGUAAUAUUUACGAGUGCGUUCCGUUCGUCCGUCCCUGUGUAUUGUAGAUCAUAAACGAUUGACACAUGAUUUACUAAUUUUAAUAUUUACAUUUUGGUUUUAAAUGAAAUUUACUCCUGCAUGAAAUUGACAAAAAAUAACUAAACGAAAUCAAGAUCUUAUGCCUAUUGGGCUUUCUAAUUUUGAGAGGUAUUUAAAAUUAUAAAUGUCUUUAAAGUGAUACAAAAGAAAAUACUUUAUCAGUUACUUGGGUAUUAUUAUUAUUAUAUUUAUUGGUCAGUUUGUAAAAGAAAUUCAGCAAAAGUAUAUUAAAGAAAUAAUUCUGUUGAAUCUAUUUCAACUGUUAGCACAAGUAUUGAAUUGAUUGAACGUUUAAAUAUUCAUAAUUUUAAAUUAUUUAAAAAGUUAAAAUCUUUUUCAAUUUCCAGUCUGCUGUAAAUUGUUUUUAAAGCAAUAUACCCAAUACGAGCCUAACCCAGGUAAACGAUUUAGUUUUUACUCUGUUGCACUUUAAUAAUGUAAAUAAUAAGUUGUCGGAAUGUAUCAACCAAAAUCGUUUAUUAUCUGUGAGACUGUAAAACGUUUCCAAUAAUAAUUCAGUAACACAAAGACAAGGAAAUUUCUGAUACAAUGAUAUGACAACUAAGAUAUAAGUGUUACUCGAAAUAUGACUGAAAGUAUUAAAGUACCAUCAAACUGUUUUAAUAUAUUCAACAUUAUUGAUGGCAAAAACAGCAGGCUGUUAUUGUGACACUAGCGAUCGCAAUGGUAUUCAUUUAGAAAGCGACUACUCGUCUUAGUAUUAAGAGAUAGGCAAUUGGCAGUAUUACUCCUAUGCCUCGGAAUGCGCGUUGGAUGAUUUGGCCAUAUUCCUGAUCUUUCCUCCUAUCAGAGUGUGAGACGUCGGUAUCUGCGUCGGCGCACACAAGGUGCUCUAAUACAUAUAUCGCGCCUUUGAGAGCGUCUGAAACUCGUUCAUCGAUUCUAAUGUUAACAUAAAUCGCUUUCGAUUUGAACAAGAUUGUAAUUGCUGUCCCCCAGCGACUGAACGAGCGUUGACCGAUGGCGACAGUCAAUGCAAGUAUUUAUACCGUAGUUUAAUUUAGCUAUCAAUAUAUAAAAUAAAUAUAUCGUUACGUUGGUUAUUUGUAAAUAUUUUAUAUUAAUUAUUGUUGUGUAAAGACUUCUGUUCCAUUAUUAUGAAUAUUUCCGUUUAAAUGUUCAUUAUUAUUUUUAUACAAUUAUUACGUUAUAUGUGUGUGUUGUAAAUUGUCUAUAUCAUCACAAGGUACGUUCGUAAAGGUAUGUAGUUUGCUGUUGUAGCCCGUGCGAUGUUUGUUCGCAGGGAAUAUUGUUUAAUGGGAAUCUCAAAUGAGCCCAACUUAUUGUUACUCAUUGAUCGUUUUGUACGUUAUUUUGUAAAUAUACCUGUAUUUUGUGUUGACAUAUCAGUGUUGCCCGCCGUGACGUCCACUAUAAAAAUGGUUUCGAAUAAUUGAGUACAUGGUUUAAUUUUGCGACUUGAUAUAUUUUAUUUUUUAAUAUGUAAUUUGUAUUUUCGGCAUUGCAUUUAAUUUCGUCACGACGGCGCGCGUGGGCUAUGUAUGUAAUUAUGAAUGAUGCGCGCGCUCAGGAUUGUUUGCAUUUAUUGGGUAAUGCAAUUAUUCUUAUCAGAUGUCAUAUUUAUAGGCUUUUAUAAUUAUCCAUAAUUUCAUAAUAAAAUAAAUAUUAAACAAAAAUAUUAUUUAAUCUAUGUAGUUGUCAUGUUGUAGUUCACGAUAAAUAAUCUGAUGACGUCUGAUAAGAGUAAUUAGUACGUGUAUCUUAAAAAAAAUCUGUGCUACUUAUACCUACAAAAUUUUUGUUUGUGUUAUAUGCUCUCAUUUAUAUAUAUACAUGAUUUAUAUUUCUUCGCUCAGAGAUAGUAAUAGUCGGUGCCAAAUUCAUGACUGCACACCUGGUGUGUGGUUGCUCAGGAUAUUCGUACAAAAGUGAUGCAGUUUGAACUGACAUUUAUAAGUCUUGUUUUACUCGAUGGGCUUCAUCUUAUAUACCGUAUAUUUUAAUAAGUCAAAGAGGUAUUCAUCUAUAAGAUUUUUUUAGUGUUAUCUAAUAUUACCUUUGUAUAAAGAGGUUUAUCUUUUAAAGACCAUAUCAAUGUUACGAAAGUAUUUAGAAUAAUGAAUUCUCGUGAAACAAGGCUUAUACUUUGGGUAAUAAGAGCUCCUGCUUUGGCAAAAUUAUAAUAUUUGUAGUGUAGCUUCGCUUAGACAAUCUGACCUCCGUACAAAGCCCGACGAUGUGCCAUUCUCUUGGAUAAUUUGCGAUUUCUAUGUACAGCUUUAUUUAUGUAAAUGCAUUACGUCGGGCUGAAUAUCUGUAACUGUGCACUGCGUACAAUCGAAAUAAAGAGAUUUUUAAAAGUA